AGUCAGUGUUGACCUUCAUAAAUUCCCCCGACAGCUUAGGCUGUCUGGGGGACUUUUUUUUACUUCUUUUCCUUGUAGCAUGCUGCAGAUGCACAGCAUGGCUGCAGAUGAAGAAACAGAACAAACCAUGAUGAGAAAAAGUAGCAAUGGGAGGAAUGAAGAGGAGGAGCAAAGAAGAGGUGAAGUCAAACAAGCAGUGAUCCAAAAGCAACAGGAGACAAAUAAAGCCACAGGACAUUUGUGGGAAGAGGGAGAAGAAAACAGCAGAGGAGUGCAAGGAAAAUUGAAAGGGAAGUACAACAAAGAGCUGACUGUGGAGGUAGAGGUGGAGGGAAAUGAAAAGAUUUCAAUGAUGGAUUUACUGAAAGGAGUAAAGAAGGAGUGUGGAGAAGUGAUUGGCUGCAGGGUGAGAGGUGAAAGGGUCUAUGAGCUCACAAUGAAGGAUGAAGAGACAAAGAGGAAACUAAUGGAUGGAGUGAGAGUGAAAGGAGUGAUGGUGCAUGCCAGGGAUAUACUGAAUAACGAUAUGGUGGUGUCCUUUAUCAAUUUGCCUGUGUACUUAGAGGAUGAGAAGAUACUCGCCAAGCUACAUGAGUGGGGAGUACGACCACUUUCACCAAUCAAACGCCGGGUGUGGCCUGGAACGGAUAUAGUUGAUGGGACACGUUUCUUAAAAGUGCGCUUCACGGAACAGGUAUGUUCACUACCAUACUCCACAAAGUUUGAGACUCUGAGAGGCACCGAAUUUUUUCGUGUCAUCCAUGAUAGACAAAUACGUGUUUGCAGACUCUGUAUCAAGCCAGGGCACAUAAUUAGAGAGUGCCCUGAAUUAAAGUGCUUCAAGUGCAAUGGUGGAGGCCAUUAUGCAAGAGAUUGUGAAGAAUGGAUGGGAUUAGAGAGAGAGAGAGUGGAUGUUCAAGAAUAUGGUAAAAAGAGGAACAGUGUUCUGACAGAGGAGCAAGAGGAGGAAACAACUGAUGUGGUGAGCGGUGGAGAGAAAGACGGAGCUGAAGAUAGCGAAAGAAGAAGCAAAAUGGAAUGGCGGGACAGAGCUGAAAGUUUCAGUGAAGCGGAUGAUGGGGAGGAGGAGGAGGAGAUGGAGCAGUCGGAAGAGAUCGAAGAAGAGGAGGAGACAGAUGAAAGUAAUGUGAAAGAAAGAGGUAAACAAGAGGAAAAUAAAAAUACUGCACAGAAAGUGAUAGAAAGCAGAGGUGGAGAAAAGGGAGACCGAGAAAAGAAAGAUGGAUUGAAAACAAAGAUUAAAAGACUGAGUGCAAAGAGGAAGUCUGAGAUCGACGGAGAACAGGUUGAGCAGAUAAAAGAACCGCGAGCGGGUAUGUAAUAAAACUGGGGUGUCAAAGUCGAGACCGAGGAGGAAUGGGGGAAAUUGUUUUUGUUUGGAACUUUCGGGAAAAGAAAAAGAGCUGACAUUUGUUUAAUUAAUUUUGUUCUGAGUCAUGCCAGACUAGCAGUAGUUCUAAGAAGAAACUAUGCACAUUUCGAAGGGAGAAAAAUAAAAGUAAAAGAUAUGUUUAAGUCAAUGAUACAAAGAGAUGUAGAGUUGAUUUGUAAGUAUGGAGAUAAAGAGGGGAAAGAGUUUUUUUUUGACUACGAAUAAAUUCAUACAUCAAAAGGUGGGGGAAGAAAUAUGUUUCAAUUGGUGAAGAGUAAUAAUCUGGUUGAGAAUGGCUGAUGUCAAUUAAGUAAGUGUAAACAUAUUUGCAUGUAUUUUAUUUAUGUUCUUUAUUUUUAUUGCUGUAUGAUUAUGCAAAAUUAAGUAGAUUAAUUGAAAAAUGAAUCAUACAAAUGUAAUGGAAUGUAAGUAAAUCAGAUGGAAUAAUGCAAUUGAAAAACUGUGAAUUGAAAGUUAAAUAAAAAGAU